AUGCAGCAGCUAGCACCAUAUGUCCUCGGGGAUAGCUUGGCGAUCUCGAAAAAAAACCUAGUUGCGCUCAGAGCUCAAAGUCCGGGCUACUCCUCAAAUCCCAAUCAGCCGCUCUCCCGAAAGGAGCGAGGCAAGACUAGGUUGAUAUCUGAAUUUCCACCCAUCAAAGCUCGCCGUUUGCUAGCAGCUAAGCUUACUUGGAUUGCGGGGAACGGGGUAGGCGAAAAAGAAGCAAUACGAACCAUGCGCUUCUCUUCCCCACGGAACCCACGAACCACGAGGGGUAAGAAUGAGGAGAAGAGCGGCACCGGCGUGCCGGUUGCGCGGCUCAAUGCUUUUUUGUCUGCCAAGAUGAGAAGCAGUCUUUUCGCCGCCGCCCUUGGAGGGUUGAUUUCGAGCGCCUUCGCGGCCCCGACACAGACCGAACCUUUCCUUAGGCAGGUCGAUAACCAGACGUGGAUCAUUGGCAAUGAUGUGUGGAACAUGACCCAAGGUCUCAAGUACGGCGUGAAGUUGUACUACAAAGACCGCGACCUGGUCGGAAACGCCGUUGGCCACUACGUAAGCUACAACGGCGCCGCAAACGACAUCGCCUGGUCCUCCGCGACCAUCGCCAAAAAGGGCACCUACGAAGGAACCCCCUUCAUCGACGUCAAGUUUACGGCAAAUGACGGCGACUUCCACUGGGUCAUCUUCCAAGGCCUCGCCGGCGCCUACCAGUACUUUGUCAAUCGCAAUUUGCCCACCCUGGGCGAGUUUCGCACCCUCUGGCGCCUCGACAACACUACUUUUCCCAACGGAAAGACGGACCUCCACGACAAGCCGCUACCGAAGCUGGCUGACUACCUACCUGAGAACAAGGUCCAAGACGAGACCUGGCGCACGCCUGAUGGCACGGGGUACAUCACAAAGUACGACUUCUCUGACUUCAUCCGCACGCAAAAGUAUUAUGGCGUGUAUGGCGAUGAAGUUGGGAGCUGGUAUAUCAAUGCCGGCAAGGAUUACUACAAUGGCAACCACUUGAAGCAGGAGCUCAUGGUCCACCGUGAGAGUGCCACCGGCGAUGCCGUCCAACUCAACAUGGUCCACGGCACCCACUUCCAAGUCUCCGCCGUCGAUGUCUUCCCCGUCGGCAAGAUGUGGGGUCCCUGGCUCUGGUAUCUCAACGACGGUUCCAAAUCCGACGCAGACUCCCGCGCCGCCUCCGAAUUCGCCUCUUGGCCCUACCCCUGGCUCGACGACGCAGCCUACCAAUCCCGCGGCACCGUCAGGGGCAAACUCCUCCUCUCCGACGGCCGCCCCGCCGCCGGCGCCGCCGUCUUCCUCGGCGACAACCACCCCAACAAGACGGCCCUCGACAUGGGCUCGGACUACUACUACACAACGUACGCCGACGCCUCGGGCGCCUUUGAGAUCCCCCACGUCCGCACCACCUCGGCAGGCUACGCCCUUCAAGCCUGGUCCGCCGGCGCCGCCCUCGCCGACGUGACGACGCACAUCCUCUUCAACGACGUCCACGUCACCGAGUCAGGCCAGACGACGGACCUCGGAACGCUCAACUGGGCCGUCUCGAAGCGCACCAAGCUCUUCCAAGUCGGCGACUUUGAUCGCACAUCCCUCGGCUUCGCACACGGAGGAGACCCGUAUUUCGGCCACGCCAUCAUCGCCUCGUGUCCCGAGAACAUCGUCUUCCGCGCCGCUACCACCGGCAGCAACAGCACCUGCUCCGCAAGCAAGACUUCAGACUGGUGCUACGGCCAGACCUACAAGGGAAACUACACAAUCUCUUUCCGCAUCCCUACCCUACCCGACCCGGCCCCCGCGUCCGCGAAUCUCAUCGUCUCGUUGGCGGGCUACUCCACGGGCGCAAGCAGCGUCGUCCUCGCCAACGGGCAGCAAGUGGGAAACCUCACCAGCGGCGCCGUGGGAGUCGACUCCACGUCGGGACUGCUCAACGACCCGUCCGUGUACCGCAGCGCCACGGCGGCGGGCGAGUGGCGUCUGUUUGAGUUCCCCGUCCCUGGUGCGCUGCUAAAGCAGGGGGAGAACGAGGUCACGUUCCAACUUACGCGGAAUACGACGUGGAGAGGUUUCAUUUGGGAUAGCAUUGGAAAUGUUCCCCGAGCAAAAUUCGUUCACCAAGGCGUCGGUUUCGGAAAGACGAGUAGUCGAAAGGUGAAGCAAAAAACAAGUCAAGGCAUCUUUGCCGAUUCAACGGCGUUCGUGUUCCAAUCAAACAUCUAA